AUGGGCAAGCCUGCUAAAGUUGCCCGCAUCCCCAGAAGCAGAAUGUCUUGCCAAUCCAGGGGCAGGAUGCCCUUCAAACAGGAUCGAGAGUCCAAGGCCACUACGUGGAAGGACAAGCAACGUGCCUGCGUGUUUGCAGGGCUGCGGGCUAUGCGAGCUCCGGCGGUUCUGUUGACAUUGUGCGCUUUAGUUUUCAGCUGCCCACAUCUACGCUGGAACGAGCCAACUGACCACUUGGAGCUUUUCAGUGGCGUGUGCAGCAUCACCAAGGGCGAGUGGCAUGAAAAUCGCGAAGCGCUGGCAAUGGACAUCAACUUCCAUCCUAUCGAGCAGUCGAUCAUGACAAGCGUCGGGUUCUGCAAUUCCUUGUUUCAAGUAUUGAAUGUAAAGCCAGGCGGCGGGAUUUGGGCUGCCCCUGUUUGCAGCACUUGGGUUUUCAUGUCCAGGGGAAGUACAAAGAGGACCAAGUUGAACCCUAUGGGAAGCAACGCAGGGAAGACAGGGGAGCACAACAUCAUGGUUGGGAGGGUUGCAAUUCUGCUAGCUUUGGCCGCUGCCAAAUGCUGCUGGUGGAAUAUGGAACAACCAAAAAAUAGCCUUCUUGAAGGCCAUGUGCUUUUCCAAUCUUUCUUGAAGUUGAAGCAAGUCGCUGUGACCCGUGUGACCUGUUGCCUGGGCUAUUUUGGAGCUGACACCCUGAAGCCUGUAUGGAUCUAUUCCAGCAAUCCUGAUGCUGAAAGCUUCAACGAGUAUGCCAAUAAACAUCGGAAGCUGGUAAAGGCAAGCGAGAUGGUUGUGCACUAUACAGAUAGCAACGGUCUUCAGCGCAUAAAGGGUGGGAGUGACCUCAAGCAAAGCCAGGCGUAUCCUUUGAUGUUUGGCAAGGCUGUUGCCAGGGUGCGAACCAGGUUCAUGAAGGACACCAAGCGCAGGGCAGCUCGAUUCCUGCGCGAUGCAGUGAAAGACAAAGCUGGUGCUGUUAACCCCAGCGCGAAGCUAAACAAGCUUUGGAUGACUCAUUCAGGUCUCCAACCAAUAAUUGAUUUUCUGGCAAAGCAAUAG